ACCGCCCGCAACGUAACUGCGUGCGGAAAAGGGAUUGCUAUUGCUGCUGGUUGCCGCCACUGCUGUUUUUCUUCUCGUCUCGUCGUAGGGACAGGCGCCGUCGCGGAAGCCGGCAGCAUGAAUGUUGGAGUAGCCCACAGUGAGGUGAAUCCAAACACACGAGUGAUGAACAGUCGAGGCAUUUGGUUAGCUUACAGCAUUUCAGUGGCUGUGCUUCAUGUCAUCUUUCUCAGCAUUCCCUUUUUCAGUGUCCCUGUGGUCUGGACUCUAACCAAUGUUAUCCAUAACCUGGUGAUGUAUUGGCUUCUCCAUACAGUGAAAGGGACUCCCUUUGAAACACCUGACCAGGGCAAGGAUCGCCUACUCACACACUGGGAACAGAUUGACUAUGGUACACAAUGGACGUCCUCUCGCAAAUUCUUAAGCAUUUCACCAAUCAUCCUCUACAUUUUAACCAGCUUUUAUACGAAAUAUGACCCUGUGCACUUCAUAAUCAACACCACUUCACUACUGAGUGUCCUCUUGCCCAAAUUACCCCUAUUCCACGGGGUCCGUAUCUUUGGUAUCAAUCAGUACUGAAGCAGCUGGAAUCUUGGCACUGCUGAGACUUUAUUCUGCCAAAGAAAAACUAGUUCCAAGAAAGUGUGGGCGAAGCUGUGAUCACAUCAUCUCAAACUCUCUGGAACCAUGUUUAACUGGAGCAGGCAGAGCCUCCACUGCUCAAAUGACUGAGCAGUAUUGAACGUUCUUCAGUGUUUCUUGCAAGGAAAUAUAAGCCAUUCUCCCUGUGGCUAGUCUGUACUAGGGUUGGCCUCUCUCUGGUGGAAUGAAACAAUAGUUGAACUGUCAUGUGAACGUGAGUUCUCUAGCUCUUCUCUGUAAAACUGCUGCUUUUGCUAUUUGUAGUGUGGGACUGGAAUCACUUUCUGGAAGAGAUUUAAUGUUUAAAACCACUUUUUUGUUUGUUUGUAAACUUCUCUUUUUCAGACAUGCUGGUGCUGCUAAGUUUGUGGUGUUUUUCCACUCUCUCAGGAAAGUUAAUAGUCCUGCUGUGACAAUUCUCUUGGUUAUGGUUCUAAGCUGUGCAAAUUACCAUAUUUUGUAAAUUCUUGCUUGGUAAGAACAUAUCAGCAUAACUUUGUUCUCUCCAGUUAAAUGCAAAAUGUAGAAUUUUGUACUGUACUGCCACUUUCUUCUAUUCCUGCUCUUGCGCUCUUCUCCCUCCCCACUUUAAAAUAGCUCUUCAGGUAAUAAAGGAAAAAUGUAACACAACACUGAAGAUUCAAAUUAAGGUAUACAUUUAGUCAGUGCUCUGCACUGCUUUUGUUCCCACUCAUUUUUAUCAACCCUGCUUAGACAAUUUUGAAGUUGUCAAAAUAAAAAGUUAAAAAAAAUAAUGGCACGUGCAGAUCACUACUCAAUCUGUGUAUGAACUUUAAGUUGUUGUUUCUUAUGAUAGUCCACCAGCUUGUAAAAAAAUACUAGAAAAAAGUUGUUUUUAAAGGGCAGACAUUUCUAACUAGCUGUUUACAGGCUAUAACAAGAAAGAGAAAACUCCUGGGAUCUCAUUUCUUGUGAGAUUAUCUGUUUCUUCACACAUCUAUGAAAGUGAUCCAAUACUAUGUUGAGUGAAUUGGCUUAAAGUACAAAGGGGGUGCUCUGUUUAGUGGUAUUUCAAAUAGCCAUCUUUAAAAAGAGCAAGAAAGAUAGUCAGAAGCAAAUAAAUAAACACAAGUUUAUAGUUAUUAGCAAACACACUUUGUAGCUAUCUGUUUUCUGACAAACAUUUGUGCUAAAUGUUAAAACAGUGGUUUCAAAUUUGCUUCAAUCUAGGGAUGGGGGUGUAUUAAAAUUCUCAAGGGACCGGGUUCUCUGUCAUCCCUUACCAUUAGCUGUACUGGGAGUGGGGGUAGCUAAUAAAAAACAUCCAAGAGGGCUACAGGUCUAAGUAAGAACCAGGUGUGCUACUAUUAUGUUAAGAAUAAAAGGGAGAUGCAUACUUGAACUCACAAGCAUAGAUGUUAGAAUGGCCAUGGCUUCCUAACUCAAGCUAUACAGGGAUAUGGGUGUCAUAUUACAAUGUUUAUUCAGUGUGACAAAUGUGAAAAGUAAUUCUUGGAGAUCCCCCCACUUGCACCUUCUUAGGCACAUUCCAUAUAAAAAGUGGGAAAGCAGUAGAAUCCCUUCUAUGGGGCUCUGUGCCAUCAAUAUUCAUAUUACCACAUUUCAGCUAUCGGAAGGUCCUGUUGUCUACAGUUAUACAAAAAAAGGGUCGAGAGAACUUACUGGGGGAUUAUGGAGUCAUUACCACUGAAAUACUGUACUUGUUAAGAUAGAGGUGAGCAGCCCUCUUGUGCUUCCUGGAGCCACCCAAGAUCACCAAAUAAGAGUGGUGUAACUUUGAUAAGCUUAAAAGACACACAUUUGAAUAUUCUCACAACAGAGUGAACACAUGGAUGUCUAGUAUGGUGGGUUGGACCCUCUGGCUUCCAUGAGCAGGGGUUCUCUAAGCCCUUUCCCCAUAAUCAUGCUUGCACCCUCCCAAAAUCAUUUCCUCCUGGGAAAAGUCUGUCUAGUACAUCAGGGGUUCUUAGACGUGGCAACUUUAAGACACAUGGGUCUCAACUCCCAGAAUUCCCCAGGCAAUUGAAGUCCACAUGUCUUACAGUUGCCAAGUUUGAGAAACACUGUAGUAAAUGAUGCCAUGGACCACUUUUCUACAAAAAAAUGCUCUGUAGUGCUGAAUUACUUACGGGAAAUGAUGUCCUCCUCCCAUGUUCCUUCUUUUUUUGCAGCUUAACUGAGCGGAGAGGUGCAUGUGCUAAGAUUAAAUUAUUUCAGAAUUAGGACGUUCAUUCAAGCCUUUAUUAUAUAUAUUAAAGUUAAGGAACUAUACCAGGGUUGAAAGUCCAAGGGAGAAAAAUAAUGAUUUCUAAAUGAUAAUUCCAGCUGCUGUUCCUGCAGCCAGGCACAUGCACAUACACACUGAACAGGUAGAACAAAAACCUAUCCUCAGCCCUAACUGUAGCAAAGCAUCAUUGCUGAAAUCUUUUUCCAUCAAAUUGUAAUCCACUGGUCCCAACAUUUUUCCUGGAUUUAAAAUUCCAAAUUCCUGCGGUUUGGAGGCUUCUGCUUACCUUGCUUUGAGCCACCUCUGGAAGAAUUGCUCCUUCACGUGAGAAAACAGGCAAAAGGCAAAAUAAAGCUGCCCUUUCCUGUUUCCUCUCAACCCACCUAUGAGCAGAAUCUUCCUGCUCCUGACUGGCUAUUUAGCAUUUUGAUGGUCUCUGCCCGUCCUUUAACUCAUAUUAUACCCUUUGGGAAGACAUUUCUCCCUAUUUAUUAUGCAUACACAACAAUCAUGCACCUUCCUAGCCACUGCCCCCCUUUUUUUGGAACAUUAUUUGCUCACAUAUCCAAAUGGCCCCCUCCUCCUAGUUUUUAGGAACCCCAUCAAAAGAUAGCUACUUCAUCAGGCCUUGGGGGCUGGAAUGGUACUCUCUGUUCCCUUUUGCUCGGUGGUUGUUGACCAGAUUAGAUUAGGGCUAUAUGUUACUAUGUACUGUUUUUAUGCAAUAUAAUUACUUCUAUUUUACUGUAAUGUAUAUUAUAUGUUUUUAACCCAAUUUACAAUGGUUGGGGUGUAUGCUGCUCAGAGUUGGCUUUGAUUAAAGCAGCUUAUAAAUAAAAUUAAACCCAGGGAGAAAGUGUGUUUGGCUCCUUGUGUUGCUGUUUUUAACCUCAGCUGAAUUAGAGAAACAAGAUAUCUUAGUAUGCAUUCAACAAUGAGGGGAAUUAGAGAUAACUCUCUGAGUCCUAAGGUCCAUUAUAGUCCCUUUCAUUAAACAAUUCUCUGGAUAAAGCAUCUCUUUUUCCUUAUGUGCAGUCUACCUGAAAUCAUACUCUUUCAGUAUUAGGCUUCAGUGGAUGAACUACCUCUUGCAUUGGGCCUCUUGCAACACGGCAUAGUCUAUACACAGUAGGAAUCUCUGGCCCCACAAGAAGUGAUGCAGCUUCACUAAAGCAAUGCUAUAGCACUCCCAUUCUGUAAUGCUCCAAUAGGAUUCUCUCUCUGAUAAUGUUUUGCUUAAGUACCAAACCAGAUUUGGAUUCAGUCAGUUCCUAUUUAAGUCAGAACCACUCCAGUAUCUCUUUCUGACACAUUGUUAUGUUGUAUGGCUUUAGGUUGGGGAGGCGUGAAGAACCUUUUAGUUGUACAUUGUUACAAUAA